CCCUUGCGACGCUACCAACUGACCAAAUGAGGGUGGCGCUAAAAAAUCUCGGAAGUCGAUCUCCUCCGACGAUACGCCUUUCCUCUCAGGUCAUUACUACUACGACAAAGCAUUGUCCUUCGUUCGGAUUGCGACCGAGACACGUGUAAUCCGAGACAUCAGUAGACAGACUAGUGCUGGUAAGUGUAGAGUCGGACAUGUAGCUAUGUCUGGCUCUAGGAGCCAAAACCGCCAUCCUAAAAAGAGCGCGUUCUCCUGCGAGGCGUGCCGGAAGCGCAAGGUGAAAUGUGACGCUACUCAUCCAAUCUGCGAUCGGUGCAAGCUACGCGGCGAUGAUUGCAUCUAUAAGCUCUCUCCAACUCUUCUGUAUACACAACGUCUAGAGCAGAAGAUCCAGCAACUCGAGGCCGCACUUUCAGCGGCAGGGAGCACCUCAUCUGAUACUGCACUCAAUCCAACUUCAAUUGAUGGGGUUGCUUCAUCACCAUCGGAUGUUGGCGCUACCUCAGCUCGAGCUGUCGAUGCAUUGAGGGUAGAAGACGAUGGCAGGCUCUCUUUCCAUGGAUCUACGAGCCUGUUCCAACUGCCGUCCAGUGCAAAAGCAGUAGCUAACGAAGCCAACCAAGAAGUGCAGGAGUUGGCUGCUAGGAAAGAGAGUUUGGUCAACAGUGCCUGGCGGGAAAGGGCAUACGAAAAGCUUGCUGAUAUACCGGAACCGUUUAGGUCGUUGCUAGACUCUCAUUUCUGCUGGAUCCAGCCACUUUUCAACUUUAUCUAUCGGCCCGCAUUCACGCGGGAUAUGAAGAACGGAGGACCAUACUUUUCCCAAGCACUCCUAAAUGCGGUUCUCUCCCAUUCCGUUCGAUGGUGUCGCGGUGAGCCAGGCAUGGAAGAUCUUCUAGCUCCAUUUGACAACGGAAAAGCUUUUUCAAAGCGAGCCGUUACUUUCCUAUUCGAAGAUGUUCAAAAGGGCAAUAGCAAGGUUCCUACCGUGCAAGCUUUGUUAAUGCUAAGUGCUCAGGAGUGUGGUUGCGGCAACCGCACGCAAGCUUGGCUGUAUAGCGGAAUGGCAUUUCGACUGAUCGACGACAUGGGCAUUUGUAUUGAUGGAAAACGAUACGCGGACGCGGGACAUUUUUCUGUCGAGGAUAUCGAAAUACGGAACCGUCUCUUCUGGAGCUGUUACUUCUGGGACAAGCUGAUUUCACUCUAUUUCGGACGAGCUCCAUUGAUACAACACUCCGAGAUCAGUCCGCCUCGCGUCCUGAUGGACGAUACAGCCGAGCUCGAAGCCUGGACUCCACACGGGGUAUAUUCACCAGGGUACCCACCGAAACAAGCAUAUUCCAUCUCUUGUUUUACACACAUGUGCGGACUGGCAGAGAUACUUAACCAAUUACUCAUCAACAUCUACAAUCCUUCACAGGACCCUACUGGGCCUCGUGCCCAUCAGUGUACGAUAGCGAUGAGCUUCAAGCUCAAAGUCUGGUGGAGAGACCUUCCCAACCAUCUUAAGAUCAAUCUGGCUGAUUCGCCAUUGGAUUGUCCCCCAAGUCAUAUUGUGACACUGAAUUGCUUAUACCAUACCAUAAACAUACUGCUCAAUCGCGCUAAGUUAAAGCUGAACCGAGAGCCAAAGUCGGCCAACCCAAGUGCUGAAAAUAAUCCCCUCAUACAAUGCAUAUCGUCCGCCACAGCUAUCGUCACUCUAUUCAAACUAUACAACCACACCUUUGGCGAGGGACAUGUUGUCUUGAGUUUAGCAUAUACUGUGUAUACGGCUGCAUCGAUCUUCCUUCUUGAGGUUCAAGCGACUGGUCAUGCUGCGCCAAGCACUUUGGAAAGACUAUCCUUCUGCGUAGAAGCUCUCAACAGACUUCGGAGAACCAGUCCCGCAAUCGCAACCGCAUCGAGGUCAAUAUCCAAAGAGCUUGAAGUACUUGGAAUUCAAAUAUCAGGCGGAGCGCCCCAAGCGACAGAAGAUGAAAUAAACGAGCUGCAUCUACCAAGGCCUUCGGCAACACUACCGCUAGAGACAGAUCUAGUGACAGCACCUGCUGGCAUUCACCAGCCAAUUGCACACGAAGAGCAAUCUCUAUAUGAUUUGUCCUAUCUGAAUGGGCAGAUUGAUGAAUCGCUGAAUUACAGCAUGCUAGAUAUCCCUCCCGAGAUGUACGAGGCGUUCUCGCAGAUUGAACCCAUCAGCAUAACAAUGAAUCCGGGAUUUGAUGUAUUCUAGCAGUUGAUAGUUCUAGAUGUUCAGACUUGUCACAGGAAAGAAAGACAUAUAAUUGAACAUAAAACGAUUUAUUAUUCAGCCCUCAACAAUAGAAGACGACCGUAGAUCUGUAUUAUAGAUAGAUAAAGGAUAC